AGUUGUGGAGGCAGACACAGAGUGGAUAGAUAUGUUAGACUCCUCAUUACGUGAGACUAUCUGUUCAGAAGUAUUAUCAAUCAGAGAUAGGCUAAUGCCAGAAUUUGAAGUGUUAUCGGAUAUAUCUGAUGCUGAAACAUCCUUAGUUUAUAAGUCUAUCUGUUCGGGAGUAUUGUUAAAAUUCUCCAUUUCAGUAGAAACACUUAUCAUCUUUUUCUCUGAAAUUGGCAAUUGCUCUGGAGAAUCAAUGAUUACUCCCUUUGAUUUUAUUUCCUCGAAAUCACAGCUCAAUUUUGCUACUUUGAUUUUAAGCUCAAAAUUCUCAGCUGAGAGAUUGGUGAUAUCUUUUUUAUUUUUUUCUAGGAACUGGAAGCGCAUCGUGGCCACUGAGCCAGAUUAUGAGAGCCAAGAUUUAUGGAUUAUAAAUACCCGUACUUGGUUCCUGUGUAUUUAUCUUGAUGACAAAGAUAACAUUUACUCAAAUGUUUCUAUUUUAUCAUGUAGGACUUCUCAAGGUGACAGUGGUAUAGAUAUAAUGGGAAAUCAAAAAAGAUGUUUGAUAAUUAUUCAGUGUAAAAAUUAUUCAAGAAAAAAAGUCGAAGUUGGUGAAAUUCGUACUUUUGAAAGUAUUUUAUCAAGAUACCCUGAAAAUACUUUGGGAGUUUUUGUAACUUCUUUAAGAGAUGGUUAUUCACCUCAAGCAAUGGAUAGAAAGGAAUCAUCAGAACUUAAUAUUUUGUUUACAAAUAUAUAUGAUAUACGUCAAGACCUCCUCCCAUUUUUACCAAAAAAUAAUAUUAUUGAAGUAAGGUUAAACUCAAUAGAAGAAAAGUUAAACUUAAUAGAAGAAAGAUUAAAUUUGAUAGAUGAAAAAUUUAAACUUGUUACAAGUAAGAUUAAAGAUAAUCAAAAGCAAAUAACAGAUAAUCAAAGACAAAUGAUGGAUGGACAAAAGCGAAUGGAAUCUAGUCUA